GUGGACCUCGCUAUAGACCCUUCUCUGCAGGAAUAUUUUCCCUGUGUUAUGAAUAUUAGGCCUUCUCCUUUCUCUAAAGCAAUUAUUAAAGUUUCAAGGUCAUCAAGAUUCAGAAAAAGUAUAAUUGAAUGAAUAUAGCAUAAUAAUAUUAUACAUUAUCAAAUAUUAUACAAAAUAAUAAUUAAAUAAAUAAUUCAAGUUAUAUUGGUUCAAUCAGAUGAUUGGCAAGUGAUAAGAAGAAACCAAACAUGAAAAACUGAUCAAAUCAGUGUAUUGAGAAACGUCAAGCUGCAUCAUUCAAAAAUAUGGAAAAAUUUGUAGUUUUGUGAAAUUCUUGUAACGAAAUUUGUUGAAGAUGUAUAAAGGAAAUAGAUAUGGACCACCACCACCUCCCAAGCCCAAAGGAAUUGCCGAAAUUUGCACCGAAGAUGUCAACGAAAGAAGACGGGAAACUCUUAUGAAAGUUUUGAAUCUCACAAGAAGUCUGAAUCUCAAGCAAACAAACAAUGUAACCAGAAAACAGUUUGUCUAUCCUUUGGACGGUUCUUCUUCGAAUCACCAAGGAAUGCGGAGAGGAGGGAGAGGAGUAGGAGGAGGAGGAAGAGAGAACAAUCAGGAACAAAGGACAAGAAGAUUUGUAAAUCCUGCUUUGAGCAGUCGUGGUCCUGCCCUAUGUCCUUCCACCGCUUACAUUACAAUGAUGAAACUCUGCGAUCGGCUUGAAAACGACAUCAAAAAUGAGCAGGCUGCAAAAAACACGAAAGAAUAAUAGCUGAAAUAUGGAAAUUCAACAAUGGAACAUUGAGAACUAAUCAAAAAAUCACAAAAAACUUUCAUAAACUCAAAUAGUUUUCCACAAAUGAGAGUAGAAUCUCUGUCAUACAAUGAUGACUUGUUAGAAGUAGUAGGAUGGAUAUUGAAACAAAUAGUACAAAACAACAUCAAACCUAGAUGAUGAAAACAAAAUUGGUGAAAAGUAUUCUUCAAAUAUUAUUGAAAACUAUUAAUAUGAAUUGAACAUAGAUACAUACAUCCACUUCGUGAAUACAAAUUCGAAAAAACAAUAUCAUUGAAAUUGAAAUUGAAAAUAAUCAAAAAUAAUGUUUUCUGUGACAAUUGUUUUGCGGUCUUAUGACAAGCGUCAGAGUGAAACACAACAGUCUAUCACCACAAUUUUACCAUCUAAAUUGCAAGUUAAAUAAAUUCAAGGUUUUAUUUCAAGGUCAUGAACACGUUACCUUGACCUUGCAUGAGACCGCUUAUUUGAAAAUGAAAAAUAAAUUUAUUUUUCCAAAAAAAUAUUACAAAGAGAGGCAAUAAGAUAUUUUGUCUUCAUGUAGUCCUUUCUCCCGUGUAUUUUUCGAGAAUUUACAACAAAUAAUGUAUCUGGAAUACAAGCGAAACAAAGAUGAAUCAAAUUAGUGAAGAUCUUUCAAGAAUUUUGUGAUUAAUUUCAUUCAAAAUGUAUUCGAGAGAACAAGUGUUGCAAUAACAGGGAACAUAACUACAUUAUAAAUUUUUAAGAGUGUUUUUAGAAUCACCAAUAUUAUAAAUUAUAAGUAUAUUCUGGAAUAAAUAGUGUAUUUUUCUAGUGGA